CAUCCUUCACAUCCAAUACACAGAGCAAGAUUACCUAGCUGCUCUUCGAGAGCUGCCCUUUUUUUUCGGAUACGAAUCAAGAAACACCCUCCAGAGAUCUACACUCGAUCUUAACGAUCCCUUCUCUGCGUAGCAGACAAGCGAUUCAGGAUAAGCUACUCUUCUUAGCUAUCUUGCAUCCUGUAAAUAGGAAUCUUUACGAGACAAUCAAUAUCGGUGGCUCCCUUUAGUGCUAGCUACCUCUUCAAUACGCAUUUAAGACAACGGUAUUCUCCAAGCUGCCAUAUUUGCCCUCGUUAGCAGUUUUACAGACAUUGAAAAAGCGACUUCCACCCCUCAGUGCAAUUAGUGGCCUAAUCUAGAUAUUCCAAUACUGUACUGCCUCACUUUCACCCAGCCACGGCUCUUCUGUUCGGAGAAUUCCUCGGGAAAUACCCCCUACGUACGCCAAUAUACAGCAAAUCGAUUCCCUCCUUCUUAACUGGCAGUCAAUCAUCAUACUCGACCUGUCAACUGCUUUGCACGCAUUUUACCAAGUGUUUUAUUCACACUAUCACUGUUAUUCAAGUUAAAUUCAAUGGAAGAGUUAUCUGACGCGUCGACUCACAAUGUUCAUACUCAAAGUACAAAUACUAGUGAUGUCCAGGUUACUGAUUUAUCUGCUGGCCAAGGCCCAGACAACAAAUCCCAAAUCAGUGUAGAGAUCGAUCAAAGUGUCGGUCGAUCCGAAGCCGAAGCUGGAGCCCUCAAUGAAGUAUCUAAUGCAGUCGGUGGACUUACUGCUACGACUGACCGUAUACCAGACCCUUACAUCCUGUCCCAAAUCUCCCUCCAAAACCUUGGAAAGUCUCCUUCAACCCCGAGCUGCUCUAAUAGCAUACCCCAACGUCAUUUGCUAGCAGCUGGCACAAAAUCUAAGGAAGAAUUCAACACCUUCACGAUGUUUCCGCAUCUACCCUUAGAGAUCCAGCGACUUAUAUGGAAAAAGUCCUUGCCGGGCCCGAAAAUUCUCCUUAUAAAGCCUCUCAUACCCGAUCAAUUGGUACACAAUAGUUACCACACAAAUUAUAGUAUGCCGAGUUCGAUUGUAGUGAACAAGGAAGCCUUCGAAGGUAGGAUUCCUCUUUUGCACUUUGACUCAAACCUUGCGCCGCAAAAAUCCUGACCUCAAAAGACUCUGGUGUGAUGUUGGCAUUAGUUCUUUCAAUUAUCUUACGUCCGUUCUUUUGAAAGCCUGCUUAUAAAUGCUAACAUCAAUCCCAAUCAGUGUUUUCGAAGGAAUCUGUAUUGCUAAGAAGUAGCUUCAUCUGUCAAGAGACCCCAAAUCGAUGCUUCCAAAGCAAGAUUGUAUUAGACUUCAAAAUCGACUCCAUCUAUAUUGAUUUCACGGACCAGCCACGUAGCUAUCUCUUUCACCGUACGCCAGUUCCCAAUCAUAUCAUCAACCAAGUUUGGUCUGGAGGCUGCGCCGCCGCAAUAUCACACCUCAUCAUCCCGCUCCCUGCAAGAAUCUCCAUCGGCCUCAACGAUCGAAGCUUUUUGAAAUAUGUCAAGGGAAUUAUAUGGUUCCACCGAAAUAUCCGCCACUUGACCUUCAUCCUCGCAGACGAAACACGAAAUCUGCCGUGCGCGAAGAGGGAUAUUGUAUUAGUGGAUCCAAUCUCUAUUGACUAUGCUCUUAAUCUAUUCGAGUGCGAUCCUAGAGAUGUCCCGUGUGAAGAUAUCUUGAAACAUGCAUCUGCAACUCCAGCCAUUCAAAAAUUUGAUUUUAAUGUUUUGAAAAAAAUAAGCUUUCCGCGGUCGGCUCCGCAUGUUCUUCGGUUUGUUCUCCCGGAAGAUUUGGUGGUUGAUUUUAAGAUUGUGGUCUUGAGGGCGAAGACGGAGGAAUUAGCGAGGAGAAAGAAGAGAUUCUAUGCGUUGAAGGAAUUAAUUGCUCAGAAUAAGGAUUUGCAUUGACAAGGUGUGGUAUGUCAGGGGUUCGUUGGAGGUAAAUAGUUGGUAGUUGUGAUGGAGUUAUUUCUUUGGAGCUCCA